UCGGAGCCCGCGACGCCCAGACGCUCCACGCUCAGAGCUCAGCCGCGUUGGGUCGGCCUCUGCCAUGACCUCCAAACAAAGCAAAAAGAAAGAGGUGCACCGUAUCAACUCGGCGCACGGAUCGGAUAAAUCUAGAGAUUUCUACCCUUUUGGCAGCAAUGUACAAUCUAGUUCUAUUGAACAAAAGAAGGGGAGAUUCCCCAUCUGGCCAGAAUGGAGUGAAAGUGAUGUAAAUGCAGAAAAGUGGGAUGCAGGCAAAAGUGGAAAAGAAAAGGACAAAACAGCAAAAAGCCCUGUAUUUCAUUAUUUUGAAGACCCUGAAGGAAAGAUUGAGUUACCGCCAUCAUUGAAAAUUUAUUCCUGGAAACGUCCACAGGAUGUUUUAAUCCAAGGGGUUCCAGUAGUUGUGAAAAAUGAAAUCAUGUUUGACUUGUUUUCAGCCAAUGAACAUUUACUCUGCAGUGAGCUGAUGAGAUGGAUUAUCAGCGAAAUCUAUGCAGUGUGGAAGAUAUUCAAUGGAGGGAUUUUGAGCAACUAUUUUAAAGGGCCUCCAGGGGAACCCCCUCUUCUCCCCUGGAAGCCCUGGGAACACAUAUACUCUCUGUGCAAGGCUGUCAAGGGCCAUAUGCCUUUGUUCAACAGCUAUGGAAAGUAUGUUGUGAAACUUUUCUGGAUGGGUUGCUGGAGAAAGAUAACUAUUGAUGACUUUCUGCCUUUUGAUGAAGAUAACAAUCUAUUGCUUCCAGCUACAACCUAUGAAUUUGAACUCUGGCCAAUGCUUUUGUCUAAAGCUAUCAUUAAGCUGGCAAAUGUUGACAUCCAUGUAGCAGAGAGGAGAGAACUGGGAGAGUUCACGGUCAUUCAUGCUCUUACAGGGUGGUUACCAGAAGUCAUUUCUCUUCACCCAGGAUAUAUGGACAAAGUGUGGGAGCUCUUGAAAGAAAUACUGCCCGAGUUUAAACUGUCAGAUGAGGCUAGUUCUGAGAGCAAAACAACAGUAGUAGACGUCAAAUUAAAAGAAUCAGGGAAAGAGGCGAAGGACGGCAAAGAAGGGAAGGAGGUAAAAGAAGUGAAAGAUGGAAAGGAAUUCAAACCCGAAGGUUCAUUGACAACACUGAAAAGUACAGACAAAAGUGACAAACUUCCAAAGGAGAAAGCAGAUGCAAAAGACUUCGGGAAGAAGCGGAGUAAAGAUGGAGAAAAGGAAAGGGAUAAGGAAAAAUUCAAAUUUUCACUUCAUGGUUCAAGACCCUCAUCAGAUGUGCAAUAUUCUGUGCAGUCCCUGUCAGAUUGUUCUUCAGCAAUACAAUCCCCUCAUAUGGUCGUAUAUGCUACCUUUACACCUCUAUAUUUGUUUGAAAACAAGAUCUUUGCAUUAGAGAAGAUGGCAGAUUCUGCUGAGAAACUUAGAGAAUAUGGGCUUUCACACAUCUGUAGCCAUCCUGUGCUGGUGACUAAAAGUAGGUCUUGUCCCCUGGUAGCACCACCAAAGCCACCUCCCAUACCUCCCUGGAAACUCAUUCGUCCAAAAAAAGAAAAAGUUAUAACAGAUGAACCUCAAGAUCUAGUAAUAACGAAGCCUGAACAGUUUCUUGAGAUUUCAAGUCCAUUUUUGAAUUAUGGAAUGACUCCAUUUCCCAUUCCAAAAGAAACGCAUUGUGUACGCUCUGUUAUUAAGAGAGGGACACCCCCAGGCUCUGGUUUGCCCUCUCUUUCUGAAACUGAUGAAACUUUAACCGUUAGCCAGACAGACGUGAGUCAAGUAUCAAGAGCUGCAUCUCAGGGAAAUAUUUCCGCACAAGCUAUAGUUGGAAAAGGCACAGAUGAACAAACAGAUGUUGCAUUGGGCGAGGCUCACCAAAUUGAUGGAGUUAUCACGGAAAAAGAUUUUGUCAUCCCAACAACAGAAACACAGGAAAAAUCACAAGAAGAACUUCCACCAAUAAAUAAUGCUGUUUCUAAAGAAAUAUGGUUAGAUUUUGAAGACUUCUGUGUAUGCUUUCAGAAUAUAUAUAUUUUUCAUAAGCCAAGUUCAUAUUGCCUUACCUUUCAAAAAUCAGAAUUCAAGUUCUCAGAAGAACGGGUGUCCUACCACCUGUUUGUGGAUAGUCUAAAGCCUAUUGAACUGCUGGUUUCCUUUUCUGCACUGGUACGCUGGGGAGAAUAUGGAGCCUUAACAAAAGAUAGCCCUCCCAUUGAGCCUGGACUUCUAACAGUUGAAACAAUUUCUUGGAAAUCUCUGAAGCCACGCAGUCUUGUUCUGAAGAUUCAUACGUAUGCUACCAAGGCUACAAUGGUUCGCCUGCCUGUUGGGAGGCACAUGCUGCUCUUCACCGCUCACUCCCCCGUGGGGCAUUCCAUACAAAUCUGCGGCAUGGUGAACUUCGCCAUGGGGGAUGAAGAUAUCGUGCUGCCCAACUUUGAGCCGGAGAGCUACCGCUUUACAGAGCAGUCUCUGUUGAUUUUGAAAGCUGUUGGAAAUGUGAUUGCUAAUUUCAAAGAUAAGGGUAAACUGGCUGCAGCCCUGAAGGAUCUGCAAACGGCUCACUACCCUAUCCCCCUCCACAAUAAAGAACUAACUGCACAGCACUUCAGGGUUUUUCAUAUUUGUUUAUGGCGCUUAAUGAAAAAAGUUCAAUCAACAAAACCUUUUCCAAACUUCAAAUUUGCAUUCCGUGCUAUGGUUUUGGACGUGGAGUUACUUGAUUCCGCCUUGGAGGAGGGUUCUUUAAUGGAAUGGGUAGACGUUAAAUAUUGUAUGCCAACAAGUGACAAAGAAUACUCUCCUGAGGAGGUAGCAGCAGCAAUUAAAAUUCAAGCCAUGUGGAGAGGAACUUACAUUAGAUUACUUAUGAAAGCCAGACUACCAGACACAAAGGAAAAUACCAGUGUUGCUGAAACUCUUCAAAAAGUUUGGGCUAUAUUGGAACCGAAUUUAGAACAGUAUUCACUUUCACUCUUAAGACUAAUGUUUAAAAGCAAGUGCAAGUCUAUGGAAUCUUAUCCAUGCUAUCAAGAUGAAGAAACUAAGAUUGCUUUUGCUGACUAUACUGUGACCUAUCAAGAUCAGCCACCAAAUACUUGGUUUAUUGUAUUCAGAGAAACAUUUUUGGUUCCUCAAGAUAUGAUUUUGCUUCCCAAAGUAUACACUACACUUCCAGUCUGUAUGCUACAUGUUGUUAAUAAUGACACAAUGGAACAAGUACCAAAGGUAUUCCAAAAGGUGGUGCCUUAUCUUUAUACCAAGAAUAAGAAGGGAUAUACAUUUGUGGCUGAAGUGUUUACUGGUGACAUGUACGUAUUAGCCUCACGAUGGAAACUGCGCCUCAUUGCUUCUUAUACUCCACUCCCAUGCCUCUCUCGGGACGCUCCAUGCAAUACCUUUACUAUAAAGGAAAUCAGAGAUUACUACAUACCCAAUGAUAAGAAAAUUUUAUUCAGGUAUUCAGUUAAAGUGUCAGUACCACAACCUGUUACGAUACACGUGCGCACGUCCAAACCAGAUGCUUUCGUCAAGCUGCAGGUCCUAGAAAAUGAAGAAAUUAUGGUGAGCUCCAUUGGAAAAGGCCAAGCUAUAAUCCCAGCAUUCCACUUCUUGAGAAGUGAUAAAAAUGUGAGCUCCCAAUCUAGCAAACAAGUUCUUUUAGUUCAUGCUGCAUCCAAGAAAGAACAAGAAGUAAAUGUUAAGAAGAAAGCUACCCCAGGAAGUCAGAAAUCCUUUAAGGGUAAACCUGGAGGUAUAAUACAAGACGUUGGUCUGCCUCUUUUGGAGGAGGAAACUACCAGUACAUCCACCACAGAAGAUAUUCCUAGCACGCCACAGCAGCUUUACAAGUAUAUCAUACAGUGUUUGGUGUUGUAUAACAGUUGGCCUCUCACUGAAAAUCAACUGACGUUUGUUCAAGCACUAAAAGACUUAGAGAAAAGUGAUGCCAAAGCUCAUAUUGAGAAACAUGAGGAAUUAGUUACCUUGGGAAGCCCAGAUUCCCAUACAAUUAGUGAGGGCCAAAAAUCUUCGGCAACUUCCAAGACAACAAGAAAAGGCAAAGAAAAGUCUUCUGAGAAGGAAAAGACAGCCAAAGAAAAACAAGCACCUCGCUUUGAGCCUCAGGCAUCCACUGUGCAUGCUCAGCCAGAAGAUCCAAAUAAACCCUACUGGAUUUUGAGGUUGGUCACUGAACACAGUGAAUCGGAAUUAUUUGAAGUGAAAAAAGAUACAGAACGAGCAGAUGAAAUCCGAGCCAUGAAGCAAGCCUGGGAGACAACUGAGCCAGGAAGAGCAAUCAAGGCUGCGCAGGCUCGUUUGCAUUACCUCUGCCGGUUCAUCCAGAAGCCGAGCGACACCGACAGCGCGCCGCCUGUGGCUGAGAGCCAGACCAAACCCGCCGAGGAAGUAGAAACGCCUGCAAGUGCUGUAAAAGAGCCAGAGGUAAAGAAUUCUGUGGGUUCAGAGAGGAAAGAGAUGACAGGGAAUGUGGUGUGGAAGAGGUGGCAGAUGACCAAGGGCUUGAGGUAUCUGGCAAAAUCCCUGAGCAGUGACAGUGAUGGAGCAUCCUCAUCAGGGAAGGAAGAGCGGAAGGAAGAAAGCAAGCAGAGUGCGCAUAAGGAAAAUAUAAAGCCUCGUGUACGAUCCCCAACAAUUUUGGAAACAUCUCCACGACUUAUUCGAAAAGCACUAGAAUUUAUGGAUUUCAAUCAAUAUGUACGGAAAUCAGAAAAGGAACCUCUGCUGCAAACAGAUGAACUGAAUCAGCAGCAGGCAAUGCAAAAGGCAGAAGAAGUUCAUCAGUUUCGACAGCAUAGGACCAGAGUCCUCAGCAUUAGAGACAUUGACCAAGAUGAACGGUUUAAGUUAAAGGAUGAAAUCCUGGAUAUGUAUGGGGAAAUGCGGGACUCCUUAGAUGAAGCCCGACAGAAGAUCUUCAAUAUCCGGGAAGAGUACAGAAACAAGUUGCUGGAAGCUGAGCGCCAAAGGUUGGAAGUACUGGCUGCUCAGGAAGCUGCCAUACGGGUAGAGACAGAAAAGAAGAGCCCAACUUCUGACACACAGAAAAAAAAGAAAGCAAAGAAAAAAUAACCAGGAGAUACCCAAUACUACCCUUCUCCUGGAGAGAAAAGAAACUAUUUUUAAUGAUCUGUAACUACCUGUUGAUAAAACAAGAUAUAAGCCAAUUGAAAAUAAGGCUUUAGUGUCUUAGAAAUAUUUUCUAUAUUUUAAUGUUAACUUGUUAGUUUCUCUCAGAAAGCUAGUAUGUGAAGCCAUUAGAGUUUAAAAUGUUCUAAUUUCAAUAAAAUUGCUUCCAAAUACAUAGAAUGUAAUAAGUUCUGUCACACUCU